AUGUCGAAUCAAACUCCGUACAUCGGAAGCAAGAUCAGUCUGAUCUCCAAGUUGGACAUCCGCUACGAGGGAAUCCUCUACACCGUCGACACCAACGACUCGACGAUCGCUUUGGCCAAGGUUCGCUCGUUCGGAACCGAGAAGCGCCCGACCGCCAACCCAGUCGCCGCUCGUGAUGAUGUCUACGAAUACAUCAUCUUCAAGGCAAGCGACAUCAAGGAUUUGAUUGUCUGCGACACCCCGAAGAUGGCCAACAUUGGUGGAGGACUCCCUUACGAUCCAGCCAUAAUCUCUGUCUCCUCCCGGUCCGCUCCAGCAUCGAACAGCGACGGAGCUCCAGCCGCGUCCGCUGGCUCAUCGAGAGCAGGAACACCAUCCCGCAACAGCCCAUUGGCUCACAUCGUGAACCAACAACGGCCAGGACGUGGAGGAUACCAACAAAACUUCCAAGCCAACCGUGGGUUCAACAACUACCGCGGAGGAUUCGGAGGUGGCUACAACAACCAAAGAGGACACAACAACUAUGGAGUCCCAAGAGUCAACCACCGCGAGAAGCUGAAGUUCGAGUCGGACUUCGACUUCGAAAAGGCCAACGAGAAGUUCCAAGAGGCACUCACCGACACCCUCGAGAAGCUGACGAUCGAGGAGAAGGAGCAGCCAGUGGUUGAGGAGAAGAAGGACGCCGCCUUCUACGACAAGAAGACGUCAUUCUUCGACAACAUCAGCUGCGAAUCCUUGGAGAAGGCCGAAGGAAAGACUGGACGACCGGACUGGAAGAAGGAGCGGGAGACGAACCAGGAGACGUUCGGACACAACGCAGUCCGUUCGUUGAACUACCGUCGUGGAUUCGGAGGACGUGGACGCGGUGGAAACCGUGGAUAUCAAGGAUACAACAAUGGAUAUCAAAACCGUGGUGGUUACAACAAUGGAGGAUAUCGUCCAAACAACGGAGGAUACCGUCGUGGUGGCUAUGUCCCACGCGACCAGCAGAACAACAGCUCCGCCGUCGUUGAACAAUAA